AACGCUGCUAGCUAGUAGCCGGUGGUUAUGAGAUAAAAAUGUCGUCUUCCUUCAGGGGGCGCUAGAAGACGCCGACAGAGCCGAGUGGCUCGUCCUGACCAGCGCUGAGAAAAUUAUAGAUUGAGCGCAUUUGGAGAACCCAGCAUCCGAGUAGUUUGUAAAGGAAGUCAUCUCGGUAACCCGGAUGUACACAAAACCACGUGACGGUUCUUCGCACAUGUAGAAGAAGGAGUAAAAUGUAUAACUCAUUGUGACGGUUUACAGCGUUUACAAACAUGUUUGCUGAAGAGGAAUGGACUGAUUCUCCAUUACCAGAUGGAUCAUCUCACUCUGCAAAAAUGUCUCCUGCCUUUGGCAAGGAUAAGGUUGUGGGUAAAAAAAGUCUUUUGAGAACCUUGCAAACAUUGGGUUCAGUUCCAGAUUGGGGAUCUGGGAAUGUUUUAGAGGAUAGCGAUGAGGACAAAGACGACUCCACUACAGUCAAGAGAGCAAAAAAGAAAAGGUGCAAAAAGCGUAAAAGAAAGUCUAAUGCUGAAAAUGAAGGGAAGCAGCAGGAUAAAGUGGAUUCAUCUCAACCACCUGUGAAGAAGAAGAAGAAGCCAGUAAAGAAGACAAAUUCUAAGGUGUCACAAGAGUCCAGAAAAGAUGAGACUGACAAAGGAGUCGGACCUCAAUUGGAGAAAAAUGAAAGUCAAGCAGAAAACAAGCUAAACAGAAAGCAGUGGAAGAACAAGAUGAAAAACAAAAAAAGGUGCAAGAACAAAUAUCUUCCAAAAACGACAGGUGUUGAUGAUGCCAGUGCAAAGGAGGAACCAUUAGUUCAAACACAGGAUGUCAAAAAAUCCAAGAAAGUGAAGAAACAUGACAAGGCAUCCAAAAAAACGAAGAAAGCUCAUAAAAAGAAUGGUAUUUCUUCCAUCACGGACAAUGCUGAAAAUUGCAAAAACUCUAAAACAGAUGAAAUGCCCAGCACAGGAACUAGAACAGUAGAUGUCUCCCUAAGUAACAAUAUAGUCUCACAUAAAGUGGAAGAUAAAGGGAAACCUUCAAAAUUUAUGAAUAAAUCGCAGGCAGAAAAAUUGCGUCGCAUUUUAAAGUCGCAGCUUCCUGAUGACAGUAAUAAAGCCUCAGAGGAACCAGAAGAACCCAAAGGUACAACAGUAAGUUUAAAGGGCGUUGAAGAGCAAGUGGCUCCUGACCCCUCGACUGCUUUAAGGACAAAGAUGGAGAAGCAAUUAGAAGCCGCUCGAUUCCGCUACAUCAAUGAGCAGCUUUACAUGUCGACCAGCGGUGAGGCCAAACGCAUGUUUCAGCAGGACCCAGAGGCCAUUGCAAUUUACCACAAGGGCUACACGGCACAAGUUCAGCACUGGCCUACAAACCCUGUGGAUUCAAUCAUUUCCUAUAUUUGUAAAAAACCAGCUUCUUUAGUUGUUGCUGACUUCGGCUGUGGAGACUGUAAAAUUGCUCGGAGUGUAAAGAAUAAAGUGCAUUCUUUUGAUUUGGCUCCUGUUUGUGAUCUUGCCACCGCAUGUGACAUGGCAAAAGUGCCGCUUCGUGAUUCUACUGUAGAUAUUGCUGUUUUCUGUCUUUCUCUGAUGGGGACAAAUCUGGGAGACUUUUUGGCAGAAGCAAACAGAGUCCUGGUGAUGGGGGGCGUUCUUAAAAUUGCUGAAGUGGCCAGCAGAUUUGAAAAUGAGCGUUCGUUCAGUAGUGCAUUGUCAAGUCUUGGCUUCAAGUUAGUCCAUAAGGACACAGAAAACAGCCACUUCUACUCCUUUGAAUUCAUAAAGACAGGAAAAGCACCCGGGAACGUGAAGAAAGUCGGUCUUCAACUUAAACCGUGUCUGUACAAGAAACGAUAAAUGUACAUAAAGUAAAUAUCUUGCUUCUUUAUAUAUAGACUGUGUGUGAAAGGUUUAUGAGCAAUAAUUCAGUUUAACUCAAGGGUCAAAUCUCUUCUUAACAUUGUAUGUUUUGUAAAUCAGUGUAAUAGGAAAGUACAUUUUAUAACGUGAUAUUCAAAGAAUGUUGUUCUUUGUGAAAACUGUAUUUUCCAUAUAUCGUCUUAUGAUUGGAAUAAUAUUUUUUACCUGAUAAACAAACAAGACUCGAUAAGUAUUUAAACUUGUCAAGUAUUUUAUUGUAUUUUUACAAGUAUCACAGUGACAUUAUUUACCCUGGAGAUGCCUAAACAUCUUAGAGCAACACAACGGAAAGACCAGUCAUCAUUCAUACAAAGACUGUGAAGGGAGUAAAAUCUUAUAACCAAAAUAUCAGACUGGACACAGGCCCAGAUGGAGAUUCUCCCACUAUAUACUGCAGGAUCACCAGAGGGCGCAACAGCGCUACAAAUUCAGGCAGUUUGUGGGCUACAAGUACAAUUGAAACGAAACCAAGAUAGAAGACACCAACCAGGCUUUUAAAGUAUAUCUCUGUGUAAGUCAGAACAAAGCAACAAUCUUAAAAAGUAGUAAAACGAUAAAAAUGUGCUCAUAAUAUUUAUAAAACAAUGCUACUUAUCGAAGUAAAUCAUAAUGCUGAAAGUAAUACCAAGCUACUUCAAUCUUUUCCUUACAAUCGGUAUUUGUAGUUGAGGAAAAAGAACAACUACAUAUCAAAAACAAUGCUAUACCAAUUGCAAUGUACAGUGUAUGGUGUACAGUUGGGUCCAAAACCCUGAGACCACUAGUGAAAUAUUCAUGUUAAAGGAAUAGUUCAUCCAAAAAUAAAAAUGUGCUCAAUAUUUACUCAUUCUUAGGCCAUUGAAGAUGUAUACGAGAAGUUUCGGAGAAACCUGAUAGAUGUGUUUAUUACAAAUACACAGAUUUUCAAUUCACAAGAUGAUAAUUGAUAGAGUCGUAUAGAUUACUUGUGAAUUAUUGUGAUGUUUUUAUCAGCUUUUUGGACUCUCAUUCUGACGGCACCCAUUCACUGCAGAGGAUCCACUGGUGAGCAACUAAUGCAAUGCUAAAUUUCUCCAAAUCUGUUCUGAUGAAGAAACAAACUCAUCUAAAUCUUGGAUGGCCUGGGUUGAGAAAACUUUAAGCAAAUUUUCAUUACCAUUUAUAUUAUCAGCAUAACAGUCUGAUUAAAAAUGAACGAAUUUCUUAAGCAUGCCCCCUUUUUAAAAAGCAUGCACUCAAUCUGCCACAAACUCCGCAAGUAUGUGCAAAAACUGAUCUAUU